CCCCUCUUCCCCCUCGCUGUCUUCCUCGGCCUGCGCUGCCGCCGACGCCGCCGUGGGCCUGGCUGCGCUCCGUCCGCUCGGUCGCCUUCCUCCCUGAGCGCUGCCCGGCCGGCCGCCAUGGCGAACGUGGCCGACACCAAGCUGUACGACAUUCUCGGCGUCCCUCCCGGCGCCAGCGAGAACGAGCUGAAGAAGGCAUACAGAAAGUUAGCCAAGGAAUACCAUCCUGAUAAGAAUCCAAAUGCUGGUGACAAAUUCAAAGAAAUCAGUUUUGCAUAUGAAGUACUGUCAAAUCCUGAGAAACGUGAAUUAUAUGACAGAUAUGGAGAACAAGGUCUUCGGGAAGGUAGCGGUGGAGGUGGUGGCAUGGAUGAUAUUUUCUCUCACAUUUUUGGUGGAGGAUUGUUCGGCUUCAUGGGCAAUCAGAGUAGAAGUCGAAAUGGCAGAAGAAGAGGAGAAGACAUGAUGCAUCCACUUAAAGUGUCUUUAGAAGAUCUGUAUAAUGGCAAGACAACCAAACUACAACUUAGCAAGAAUGUACUCUGUAGUGCAUGCAGUGGCCAAGGUGGAAAGUCUGGAGCUGUUCAGAAAUGUAGUGCUUGUCGGGGUCGAGGUGUACGCAUCAUGAUCAGACAGCUGGCUCCAGGAAUGGUACAACAGAUGCAGUCUGUGUGUUCUGACUGUAAUGGAGAAGGAGAGGUAAUUAAUGAAAAGGACCGCUGUAAAAAAUGUGAAGGGAAGAAGGUGAUUAAAGAAGUCAAGAUUCUCGAAGUCCACGUAGACAAAGGCAUGAAACAUGGACAGAGAAUUACAUUUACUGGGGAAGCAGAUCAAGCCCCAGGAGUGGAACCAGGAGACAUUGUUCUUUUGCUACAAGAGAAGGAACAUGAGGUGUUCCAGAGAGAUGGGAAUGAUUUGCACAUGACAUAUAAGAUAGGACUUGUUGAAGCUCUAUGUGGAUUUCAGUUCACAUUUAAGCACCUUGAUGGACGUCAGAUUGUGGUGAAAUACCCUCCCGGAAAAGUAAUUGAACCAGGAUGUGUCCGUGUAGUUCGAGGUGAAGGAAUGCCACAGUAUCGUAAUCCCUUUGAAAAAGGUGAUCUUUACAUAAAGUUUGAUGUGCAGUUUCCUGAAAACAACUGGAUCAACCCAGACAAGCUUUCUGAACUAGAAGAUCUUCUGCCAUCUAGACCAGAAGUUCCAAACAUAAUUGGAGACACAGAAGAGGUAGAGCUUCAAGAAUUUGAUAGCACUCGGGGCUCGGGAGGUGGUCAGAGGCGUGAAGCCUAUAAUGAUAGUUCUGAUGAAGAAAGCAGCAGCCAUCAUGGACCAGGAGUGCAAUGUGCCCAUCAGUAAACUGCAAACAAAUUGCACAGGUGGAUUUUCUUUUCCACAUUUGCCCAGUUUGCUUUCAGCGAUCCAGCUGGAGUGUCUGGUCAAUCCAGAAGAACUGAUGGACAUUUGUUGGUCUAUGUGUAACUUUUAAAAUUGGUAUAGUAUCUACAGAGUGUAUAAUUUAAACUAACCACAAAGCUUUACAUCUUCAUUUUGACUGUUCUGUAGCAGAAUAAAGCACUUGAAAGGAAACAAGACUCCCUUUCACACAUGGGUUAUAAGUUUCAGUCCUGGUAUCUGUGCUUGAUUUUUAUCAGUUUUGUGUAGAUUUUAUGUUUCAUAUUUUAAAUCCAAAUCCCACAUUGUAAAGUUUGUGUACAAUUUGUCCUGAAGCUUUGUGUUUGGCUGCACCUGCGUAAGCUGCUACAAAUAGAAUAAAGAAUUUCAUAGCCUGUAUCUAUCAUUUAGAUGCAUGGAAAAAUGGGCUUUGCACACAAUGGGUUUGGAGCUGACUGGGAACAAUGGAAAAAAAAAUAACAUUAGCUGUGGUUGUAAAGUCCCCCCCCCCCCCUUUUUUUUUACCAUCUUGUGAAAGGUUUCUGAAACUCGAUAAUAAAAAGCAGUUGGUAUAAAUUAUUCUUUGUGUCACAUUUUUAGAAGGAAGAACAUACUUUGAACUGUAAAAUGUAUCCUUAAACUGGAGAAUGUAUCCUUCAUUCUGGUUCUUAAGCAGCCCUUAAAAACCCAUUGGCCUGAAGCUUAUGCCUCAGGUAUGUGCCCAUUUUAUAGUCUUAAAAGGCAUAAAGAAAGUUUGAUAUGUUGGUAGAAACAGGCUUUAUUGGCUUCAAUUGAUGCUUGUACAGUCAAGGACAUCUGAGUUCUGUAACUCAUAAGUUAUGAUCCUGAGCGUUGGGGCCAGGUUAACCUAGCCUCUGUAUCUCCCCACAACUACCCCCUUUUAAAAAUAAGGUAACAGCAAAUCAAUAUUAGAACCAUGUCUGCAUAGAACCUGUUAAAAUGCUCUGUUUUCAUUAAAUGUUAAGUUAAAGAUU